AUGAGGGGGUCUAGGCAAACGUUCCUUAAUUUAUUCUGCAUCCUCUGGCUUCUGCUUCUGCUGAAGGCUGCCUCUUCCUCCCCUCUCCCCCGUGGAAACGACCCACCACCCUCUUCGCUCCCCUCCGGGCUGUACAAAGGACACACCUGCCUCGGAUGCGUGCUUGCGGUGUCUGUAAUUGAACAGCUUGCACAGUGGCACAACAGUACAGUAAAGGCAGCCAUGGAGAGACUGUGCAACUACAUACCUGAAAAACUGCAAGGUUUCUGUUAUGUACUUGCUGAACUUUAUGGACCACACGUAGCUGAACUCAUAGACAGGGAAAUGAAUGCCGAUGUGGUCUGCCAUUCCUUGAAGCUGUGUAAACAGGAUCCAGGACAACCGCUUUGUCACCUCUACCCUCCUCCAAAGGUGGGGCUGAGUACUGCAAUAAGAAAAACAAAAAGGAUGAUGAAGACUUCCAAGGACCUGAAAAGCUUCACGGGAUUCUCAAGUGUAUGUGCAUUUCCUCUUCUGGCUAACCUGUGUGAGAAGAUUAAAUAUGUUAUAAGAAAUAAGCUGCCUUUUGAAGAUUUUGAUGGAGAUAAAUUUAGUACUUUUCCAACAUUGAGGGGCUAUCACUGGCGAGGCAGAGACUGCAAUGACAAAAACACCACCGUGUACCCUGGCAGACGUCCUGAUAAUUGGGAUGUGAAAAGUGACUCUAACUGCAAUGGCAUAUGGGGCGUGGAUCCAAAAGACGGAAUUCCCUAUGAGGAGAAAUUCUGCAAAGGUGCUGACUCGCAAGGGGUCGUGCUGUUGGGAGACUCAGCUGGUGCUCACUUCCACAUCCCUCCUGAGUGGAUGACUGUCACGCAGAUGUCAGCG